AUGGUCAAGCUCACCGAGGUUGAGGACGAGCAUUUUGCUCAAGAGAAGCCCACGGCCACCAAGAACAAUGUUCUUCUUGCCACGGACGAUGAGGACGAAGACUACACUGACACGGAAUCCGAAAUCUCCGUUGAAUCCGACCUCGAUGUCGAUAGCGAGACCCUGUACGAGCGUGUAGCCGCUCUGAAAGAUAUCGUCCCCCCGUCAGCCCGGCGCCAGAUCUCCUCCACCGUUUCCACACUCACCUCGUUCACAAAGUCCAGCAUCUCCUUCAGUGGAAAGGCGCUCUGGAUUAUCAGCACCAGUGCUUUCCUCCUUGGCGUUCCGUGGGCGCUUGCCUACGCCGAAGAGGAGCAGUACGUCCAGAUGGAGCGUGAGCAGGGAAUGAUCAAGGGUGCUAAUGAGAUGCUCACACCCGGCGCCCUCCCGGCUGAGAACAAGGAGGCCCAACCUGCUCUGUAA